AUGGCAUCAAGAAUUUCCACGAGACAAUUCGCCAGGGGCCUUUCCCGAGGCUCGUCAUCUCCUCUUGUCUCUUCACAGCUAUCGAACCAUGCCCGGUAUUUGGCUACCCCAGCCCAUCCCGUGACGCAAGAUGCGACGGGCUCCAAGGGACCAACGGCCAUGGUCUUUCUCAACAUGGGCGGACCUUCUACGCUCCCUGAAGUAGGAAGCUUUCUAAGUCGACUUUUUGCCGACGGUGACUUGAUUCCAUUGGGCAGACUGCAGUCAUAUAUCGGGCCAUUGAUCUCGGCGCGAAGAACACCAAAGAUCGUGAAGCAGUAUGACGCUAUUGGAGGCGGCUCACCGAUUCGAAAAUGGUCAGAGUACCAGAACGAAGAAAUGUGCAAGAUUCUGGACAAGAUCUCGCCGGAGACUGCGCCGCACAAGCCAUACGUCGCUUUCCGCUACGCAGAUCCAUUGACCGAGGAGAUGUAUCACAAGCUGCUGGCAGAUGGCUUUGGAAAUGGCAAGGGUGGCAGAGCUGUCGCCUUCACCCAAUAUCCGCAAUAUUCCUGCUCCACGACCGGCAGCAGUCUCAACGAGCUGUGGAAAUGGCGCCAGAGACUGGAAGGCAAGACGGCUUCAGAAACUGGCAAUGGUACCAUCAACUGGAGCGUCAUUGACCGGUGGCCUACUCAUCCUGGCCUUGUGGAGGCGGUUGCCCAGAAUAUCGAAGCAAAGUUGCUAGAGUACCCCGAGGAGCGGAGGAGCAAGGCCAUUCUCCUCUUUUCAGCGCACAGCUUGCCUAUGACAGUAGUCAACAGAGGUGACCCAUAUCCGGGCGAAGUUGCCGCUACUGUUCAAGCAGUGAUGGAACGACUAAAGUUUUCCAACCCUUACAGACUAUGCUGGCAAUCGCAGGUCGGCCCGCAGCCUUGGCUGGGACCCCAGACGUCUCACACGGUGGAAAACUACAUUGAAAAGGGCCAAAAGGACCUGCUUCUCAUUCCCAUUGCAUUCACCUCUGACCACAUUGAAACGCUCUAUGAGCUCGACAUUGAAGUCAUUGGUGAGAGCGGCCACACUGAUACCGUCAAGCGAGCGGACAGCUUGAACGGCAGCCCGGUGUUCAUCAAAGGGCUUGCGGACCUCGCAAAGUCACAUCUUGAUUCUGGGGUGGCGUGCUCGCAACAGAUGGGCCUCCGAUGUCCCGCAUGCAAGAGCGAGAGAUGUGCAGAAUCCAAAAAGUUCUUUGCUAGCCAGCAGGCCGCGAUUUCGUCCGUAUAA